AUGAAUAACAAGAUGGACAGUAGGAUGAACAGCAAGAUGAACAAAAAGAUGAACAAUAGGAUGAACAAAAAUAUGAUCAAUAGGAUGAACUACAAGAUGGACAGUAGGAUGAACAGCAAGAUGAACAACAAGAUGAACAACAAGAUGACUAACAGGAUGAACAGCAAGAUGAGCAUCUAUAUGAACAGAAGGAUGAACAGUAGGAUGAACAGCAAGAUGAAUAGCAAGAUGAACAACAAGAUGAACAGUAGGAUGAACAGCAAGAUGAACAGCAAGAUGAACAACAAGAUGAGCAGCAAGAUGAACAGUAGGAUGAACAGCAAGUUGAACAUCUAUAUGAACAGAAGGAUGAACAGCAAGAUGAACAACAAUAUGAACAGUAGGAUGAACAGCAAGAUGAACAACAAGAUGGACAGUAGGAUGAACAGCAAGAUGAACAAAAAGAUGAACAAUAGGAUGAACAACAAGAUGGACAGUAGGAUGAACAGCAAGAUGAACAACAAGAUGAACAACAAGAUGACCAACAGGACGAACAGCAAGAUGAACAUAUAUAUGAACAGAAGGAUGAACAGCAAGAUGAAUAACAAGAUGGACAGUAGGAUGAACAAAAAUAUGAACAACAAGAUGGACAGUAGGAUGAACAGCAAGAUGAACAGCAAGAUGAGCAGCAAGAUGAACAGUAGGAUGAACAGCAAGUUGAACAUCUAUAUGAACAGAAGGAUGAACAGCAAGAUGAACAACAAUAUGAACAGUAGGAUGAACAGCAAGUUGAACAUCUAUAUGAACAGAAGGAUGAACAGCAAGAUGAACAACAAUAUGAACAGUAGGAUGAACAUCAAGAUGAACAACAAGAUGAACAGUAGGACGAACAGCAAGAUGAACAACAAGAUGAACAGUAGGAUGAACAGCAAGAUGAACAACAAGAUGAACAGUAGGAUGAACAGCAAGAUGAACAACAAGAUGAACAGUAGGAUGAACAGCAAGAUGAACAACAAGAUGAACAGUAGGACGAACAGCAAGAUGAACAACAAGAUGAACAGUAGGACAAACAGCAAGAUGAACAACAAGAUGAACAAUAGGAUGAACAGCAAGAUGAACAACAAGAUGAACAAUAGGAUGAACAGCAAGAUGAACAACAAGAUGAACAAUAGGAUGAACAGCAAGAUGAACAACUAUAUGAACAGUUGGUUGAACAAGAAUAUUAACAAGAAGAUGAACAAUAUCGUCCGCUUUUUUCCUCAGUAA